GUCAUGUCUAAGUGGAACAAAAGUGAUCCGCGAUGGUUAGUUGAAGAGCGACCUGAUGCGAAAAAUGUCAAUAAUUGGCACUGGAGUGAAAAAGAUGCAUCUCAAUGGUCAAAACAGAAAUUUGAUGAACUCUUCAUCGGUACAAAGAUAGAAACCAAUUCUGCAUGCUGCGAAAUAACUGAAAUAACUCAGUGUGAUGGCGAAGCAAUAGUAAAUAAUCGAAAAGGAAAGUUAAUCUUUUUCUAUGAAUGGGCAUUGGAAAUGCAAUGGUCAGGUGUUUUAAUUAAUGCAAAUACAAAAGCUUCAGGAACAAUAGAGGUUCCCAAUUUCAGUGAAGAGCAUGAAAUUAAAAUUGUUGAUGUAAAUGUUUAUUCGAGUUCUGUAGGACCUGAAGGCGAAAUUUUGAAAAAUAUUAUGAAAACAACUGGUACUGAAAUCGUAAGGCAGAAACUGGAAAAAUAUCUUACAUCUUUGAAAAAUGAGUUCCCAAAAGGACUUAUUUUACCUACAAAAGAUCCUUCAGAUAAUAAAAUAAUUAAGAGCGAUAUAAUCAAUCGAAAAAAUGAUUUUCGUCUUCUUAUUACAGAAAGUCCCGAAAAACAGACAUUUGAAACAAAUGAAUUAAAAACUGUAGAAUCUUUCAAGUGCACUGCAGAUGAAUUCUACUCUGCAAUGACUGUGAAAGAACUGGUUGAAGUAUUUACUCGGGAUAACUGUAUUUUGGAACCAAAAGAGGGCGGAAGAUUUGAGCUUUUUAAUGGUAAUGUUCAUGGAUAUUUUGUUAAGCUAGUUCCAGGAAAAACAAUACAGCAAAAGUGGAGGCUCAAAACUUGGCCACAUGCACAUUUCUCAGAUGUGUGUAUUGAUAUUGAGCAAAAGACCGAUUGCACUGAAGUUUCUGUUGCACAUUUAGGCAUACCAAAGACUGAAUUAGAAAAUAUCCGAGAAGGCUGGAAGAGAUUUUAUUGGGAUAGUAUAAAGAGAACUUUUGGUUUUGGAGCAUUUUUACUUUAACUCAGAGACUAAGUUACUGCUCAUCAAAAAUAUAAAGAGGUUUGGGAGCAUUUUUAUCUUAAUUUCCAUAUUAAAUUACUGUUUAAACAUCAAAAACUUCAAACCGCAUUCCUUUUCAUAAUGAAGUUUCCAAUAUUUGUUGCUAUUAUACAUACACAUUUUUGUUAUUAUAAUUUAUUCUCUCUUUAGUAAAUAUAUAAUUUAGAGAAAAAAACUACAGGAAUAUGUUUUCCUCCUUGGCGUUGCAGUACAUGUCUGAUGUUACAUUUUCAUAUUCUAAUUGUUAUCAGAUAAGAAAAAGCUGAUAAAUUGCCGUAUAUUGUACCUGUAUACAUGCGCAUACUGGUGACUUAAUAUUUCCUCUUCGUCUAGAUAAAUUUAUUUUAAAUUUUGCCUUCUGUCAAUAAAAGCGUAUAUGUUAGUCCUCUUAGAUUAUUUUUAAUGCAUAAAAACUUCAACUUCCACAAAAAUAAGUGUGACAGCAUGUUGAUUUUUGUUGUACAGUUUUAACGUAUAUGCUGAAGUUUAUACUAAAAUAUGCAUACUAAAGAGUACGUUUGUAUUUGUCACAAGGGCAUGAUUGAUACACGGUAACUUUUGCAUUCAUUGUUACCAAAAAAAUACCGCUCAAAAUAUUUAUCUAAAUUGUAAUUUUCUUUCAAAACCGGAGGAAGAUUUUAAUUAACUUUUAUGUGAAAAUCUCAGUAACUGCAAAAUUAGUAGUCGGGCCAUUUUAAAAAUUUUAAACUAUAUUUGAAUUUUUAUUGUUUAUAUUUUACAUAUGU